AUAACGUUAAAGUGAUUCACUUGAAAAUGCGAAUAGGAUACUAAAGGCUUACACGAAGUGAAGAAACAAGUAAUUUUUAAUUUAUAAUCAUCCCAAAAUGGCCAAAACGAAAUGGAACCUUUUAUUUGCUACAUUUAUUCUAUCGUGUGUUUCGUUGGCCACUCUCAUAGUUGCACUUUGUACUCCUUAUUGGGUUACAGCUGAAGCUUACGAAAGAGAUGCUUAUAAAAAUAGUGAAAUAAACUACGGAUUAUUUGCAGGCUCUUUAACACAAAACUUUCUGCGCAAUCCACGAUACUACGAUCUGGCAUUAACAUGUCUAUAUCAUGAAUAUGUUUGUGCAUAUAGCUGCCAAGCAGAUGAGGAAAGUCGAUCAGAUGAGAUUUUAAGACUUUUAAAGGGCUUACGCCCGUUGGACUGCCCAGCGCGAACUUCAAAAACGAAAUUGUACAUCGAUGAAAUGAUGUUGUCAUAUACCCGACAAAGUGAAGAAGUUUUCGAACGCAGCAACUUUAUCAACACGGGACUUUGGGUCUCAACUGUAGUUUUUUUAGGAAUAGCUAUAAGUUUUGCAGCACUGUCAGUUAGUUUUUCCAUUAUAAAUGUGCUUUUCAAUCCGGUGGAGCCAAUUUUCAGCGUUUUUGGAAUGUACAUUUGGAAUGGGGUGACUAUAGCAUCUGGUACACUUACCAUGAUAAUGUGGGGGGCUUUGUUUGGAAACACUCUUAGCAAUAAUAUAGCCAUCACGGAUACGCUCACCAUACAAAUACCAUACAGUUCAACUGGUUUAGCUUCAUUAGGAGCAAGUUAUUGGAUUUUAUUUGUACCAAUCUUGUUGCACGGUGUUAAUGAAGGCCUACUCAUAUGGCGAUUUUACAUCAUUAACAAGGAACCACCACCGACUACGAUUGAUGUGGAUAGGUCCGAUUUGACUAUAAUUAUGUAUUAA